AUGCCCACCCCGAAUUCUUCACCAAGCGAUGUUCGCACGCACAACAACUUUAUCAACGGCCAGUGGACGCCCUCCGACUCCGGCCGUACCUAUUCCGUAUAUAACCCGGCCCACAAGAACACGUUGCUGGGACACUUCCAGCUGUCGAAUCCCGAGGACACGCUGCGGGCUGUGGCGGCCGCCGCCGAAGCCGCUGCCGGCUGGGCCGACACGCCGGCGCCGGUGCGCGCGCAGGUGCUCUUCCGCGCUCUGGAGAUCAUGGAGCGUCGAUCCGACGAGAUCGCGCGGACCAUCACCGAAGAGGAGGGCAAGCCGCUGCCAGACGCGCGGGGCGAGGUCAAGCGGGCCAUGAACAUCAUGGAGUACGCGGCCGGCGAGGGUCGGCGGAUGUUCGGCUACACCACGCCGUCGGAGCUGCCCAACACGGUGGCCUACACCGUGCGCCGACCCCUGGGCGUGGUGGGCAUCAUCACCCCGUGGAACUUCCCGAUCGCCAUUCCGGCGUGGAAGAUGGCGCCGGCGCUGAUCUGCGGCAACGCAAUGAUCUUCAAGCCGGCCUCGAGCACGCCGUUGUGUGCCGUGAAACUAACUGAGGUGUUCGAGGAAGCCGGCGUGCCCCCCGGCGUUUUGAACCUGAUCACCGGCCCCGGCGGCAGCGUGGGCAACGCGCUGGUGGAAUCGCCGGACGUGACCGGCAUAUCCUUCACCGGCAGCACGGAGAUCGGUACCGAGCUGUACACGCGAGGGGCCUCCCUGCUGAAGAAGGUACAGGCCGAGAUGGGCGGCAAGAACGCCGUUAUCCUGCUGGCCGACGCCGACCUGGACAAGGCGCUGGGCGGCAUCGUGCAGGGCGCGUUCGGCUCGACGGGCCAACGCUGCACCGCCACCAGCCGGGUGAUUGUGGAGGACGGGGUCUAUGACCAGUUCAUGGAGGAGCUGAUCGAGCGCACGUCCAAGCUGACCAUCGGCGACGGGCUGGACGAGGGCAUCGACGUGAGCCCGCUUUCCAGCGAAUCGCAGCAGCGGACGGUAUCAGACUACAUCACCGCCGGACGGGACGAGGGCGCGACCCUGGCCUUCGGCGGCCGCACCCUGCACGGCGGCAUCUACGAUGAGGGCUGGUACGUGGAGCCGACCAUCUUCACCGACGUGGACCCCGAAAUGCGGAUUGCCCGGGAGGAGAUAUUCGGGCCGGUGCUGACGGUGUUCCGCGCCCGCGACCUGGACCACGCCGUGGAGAUUUCCAACAGCGUCAAGUUCGGCCUGUCCUCGUCGGUGUACACCCGUGACAUCCCGCGGGCCUUCCGGUACAUCAACACGGUGGACGCCGGAAUGGUCCACGUCAACGCCCCAACGCUGGGCGGCGAGGUGCACCUGCCCUUUGGCGGCCUCAAGGCCUCCGGCGUAGGCCAACGGGAGCAGGGCGUGGAGGCGGUGGACUUCUUCAGCGAGGUCAUCACGGUCUAUAUCGACUACGCCGACGAGGCGCGGGCGCAGGCGCGGUUCAUCUAA